AAUUGGCACUUUUGGUAUUGACUUGUGGUGUGGAGUGGAGGUGUGGAGGCGAGGCGAGGUGUCAUUGCUGUUAUUGUUUUGAUUACCGAAUACCGAAUAAAUAACUUUGUGAAUUUGUGCUAAUACUAUUAUAGUAUUAAGAACAAAAUCUGAGGAUGUAUUGUCAACUCUGUCACACAGAGAUGUCGCCAUCUCACGACAGUAGCUCAGGGCACCGGGCAGCGCGAGAGCUUGUUGCUGCUGCCUUGGACAGACUGAGAAAUCAUCUUUCUGCUGCGGACUCCACUGAAGUUUCUAAAGCAUCGUCCGAGGCGGAGACAGACAAGACUGCAAAGACUCCGGAAGCUGUCAGUUUCUGUGACACUUGUAACAUUGUGUAUCCCAUCAACGAACAGACGUCCCACUACAGACAGAAGAAACAUGCCUUGGCAGUGCUCAAUGAACAGGCGUUUGAAGAGCUUGUACAAGCAUAUAUCGGCGAGGAACCAAAAUUGGAGACACCGAGCGAAGCGAGCGACGAUGUUGCAUUUGUCGACGAGACAGAAGCUGUCAACACAUACACCUGUCACCUAUGCGCGCUCGAAGUACCUCGCGUAUUCCGCGCCGAGCACGAGCGUAGCUCGCGACACCGCGCGAGCCGAACAUUCGCGGUCGCCGCCGCUCGCAGCGCUCGCGACACGCUCGCUCCGAACGUAGAUAGAUGUGAUGGAAGUAAGAAGUUUAGUGGCAAAAUGAUGAGGAAGUUGCUGAAAGCGUAUACUGGGGCUGAAGUUGAAAGUACUGAAAAUAUAGAAGAACCGGAGCCAUCCAACUUAGAACCAGAGCCGUCCAACCCAAAACCAGCAUUGAACCCAGAACCAGACUCAAUGAAAACCGAACCAAAAUUAACACCCAAACAAUACUUCACAGACAUCCUACCAUCCCUGCCUUACAUUGGCACCUUUUACACCUUAUAUGUCGACAAUACUGAAUUUGUCACUAUUAAAAUUGGCACAGAAACCCUAAAUAUACAUGUGAACAAUUUAAAUGGGUUGUAUAAUAUAGAUGGGAAGGAGGAAUAUUAUAUGAAUUGUAGACUUUGCGAUGGGUUUUCGACGGUGCAUUAUCCAUCGAUGGGACAGCAAGAUAAGUUGCAUAUUAUGUCGCUGGGACAUGUCAAGAAUAUGUUGUCGCCCGUUGACAAUGUGCAUCUAAUAAGGAAGGUCGACGACAGCCAUUUCAUAUGCCACCUCUGCAAUCUACACAUAUCUCCAUUCGCAGUCGAAAACCACAUAUUAAAGGACAUCAGACACACCGCAGCUCUAACUGAAGCUUUAGAACGAGGGAAACACUUCAAAGAAAGCAGCGAUCACUUGAAAAUCAUGAUCUACGUGCCACCAGCACCGAAACCAAGUAUUUUCAAAAAUAAUCAGAGUAAAUGGGCUUUUGGUAUACCUCAACAACCCAAAAAUACGCUUUUUGGCGCCCAAAAUGCUUUUGGAACAACAGGUGCUCAAACUUUUGGAUAUGCACAGAACGUUAGUGCGCCAAAUUCUGGUUAUGGAACACCUGCUUGGAAUUCUGUUGGUCAAAAUACGGGUUUUGGCAGUGGUCAAACGUUAUCUGGCAAUUCUAGUGCCCAAAAUACAGGUUUCGGAAGUGCUUUUGGGAGUGCUAGUGUUCAAAUUGCUGGUUUUGCCAAUUCUACUGCUCAAAAUACCGGUUUUGGUAGUUCUACUGUUCAAAAUGCAAGUUUUGGUAGCGCUCAAUCAAGCAAUUUUGGUACUAAUGCGCAGAGCAAAAGUAGUCUUUUUGGCACUACUCAAAAUACAGGUUCGUUUGGCAAUGCUCAAAACUCUCCUAGCUUUGGCGCAGCACAAAAUAAAACUACUGGUUUUGGCGCAGCGAAUAGCGUGUUUGGCGUAGCACAAAACACCACAAAUUAUGGCACAGCACAGAAUGCCAGUUUUGGCGUUGCGAAUAACGCUACAGGUUUUGGCAUAGUACAGAAUAAAGGUACCGUUUUUGGCGCAGCGCAGAAAAGUAUUUCAAAUAACUCUACCGGUUUUGGCGUAGCUCAGAAUAAAACUACCGGUUGUGGCGCAUCGCCUAAUAACGCUGCAAGUUUCGGCGCCCAAAAUAGUGCCACUAAUCUUACCGCAGUUCCGAUAAAAGCUUUAAGCACUGGUACAACACCGACUAACGGUACUAGUUUUGGCGUAGCACAGAGUAAAGCUAGUUUUGGCGCACAAAAGAAUACUAAUCCUGGCGUAAACCAGAAAAGUACCGGUUUUGGCGCAACAGUCGCCUCUGAUUUUGGCGCAGUUCAAAAAGCUAUUGGUUCUAUUUUUGACAACGCACAGCCUUCUACCCAAAAACAAAGUGAACCAGCCAAAGACGUUGACAAACAGUCAAAGAAUUUCACUUUUAAUACGUCACAAAUUGUGACUACCGGCUUUAAGUUCAUUCAAAGUCAAUCUGAUAAAAGUUCACAAGAUAAACAAAAUAAAAAGCAGACAAAAACAGAUAGUUACGAUAAAGUACAGAGAUCUAAACGCUCUCCUCCGAGGAGAUUAAAUUAUUCUUCUUCAUCGUCAGACUCAGAAUAAGAUUGUAAAUCGAAUCUUCGAAAAAUCAA